AUGAGGUAUUUGGUGUCGGUUUUCGUUGUCUUCUGUUCAAUCAGCUGUGUUUUGUUAAAAGAAUUGCCGGAAUAUAUCCAAGUAUGCAAACGGGAUCCAAGUACUCUCGACGAUUGCAUACUCAAAUCUAUCGAAGCCAUCAAGCCCCGAAUCAUUUUAGGAAUCCCAGAGCUUGGCGUUCCGGCUAUAGAUCCAUUCCUCAUUCCAGAGAUCAAAGCACCGACCACAGACAAUCUAAAUAUUCGUUUUAUGGCACGCGACGUGAAGGUAACUGGCGGUGGAGAUUUUAAGAUCAAGAGUUUAUCAGUGGACCUAGACUCACUGACGAUCAAAGCCCACAUUCGGUUUCCAAAACUUCACUUCGAAGGUGACUAUAAAAUAGACGGCCAAAUACUUAUUGUGCCGCUGAACGGAGAAGGAAAAUUCCAUUCUGAUGCCGUGAAAUGCGACGCAGAGCUUAUUUUCCGCUUACAGGUGGUUCCGCAAGAUGGUGUAGACUACUUGAAGUUUAACAAGAUCGAUAUUGAUAUCAACGUUAGGGACUACCGAAUUAAGCUUGACGGACUCUUCAACGGCGAUAAGAGCCUUGGUGACGCAGCUAAUGCAGCAAUAAAUCAAAAUCGAGGGGAAUUUCUUAAAGUAUCGAAACCUUAUUUGGAGAAAACUGUAUCUAAGUUCAUUUUAGACGUCGCUAACAAAGUUGUAGAUGGACUUACGCUAGACCAACUGCUGCCCAAACCAUAG